CUUCACUACUCAACAACGAGACACGGCAAGAAUGGCGCCGCACAAGCGACGGGCCUACGAGGUCAUCGACCUUACAAGCAGUGACGAGGAUUUUCCCUCUCAAGCCUUCUCCUACCCCUCCUCAUCUCAGCGCUACGCAGACUCGCAUCCUUCGUCAUCGCAAUCGCAGCGCGCCCCCAAGCAGCCGCGUACGGGUUCUAACGCGCAUCCUUCGCGGACGAACUCCGCAUCUUCGCAAUUUGAGCCUCUGGUGAUUGGUGAAGAAGAAGAGGACGAGGACGCAUCACAGGAGAUGCCAGAUGCGACGCAAGCCUUCAAUGAGGUCGAAACCUAUGUUCUGUACGGCGAGAAGGAGGACAGAAUUGUCGGUUGUCGAUUUUACAAUGGAUAUGCCACCGUCGGCGAAAUGGUGAUGGUUAGAAGGGAGCCCCACAACCAAUAUGACAGCAAUGCAAUCCAGAUCCUCAACGUAGAGGGCGAGCAAAUCGGGCACAUCCCACGAGUACUCGCGGCAAAGUUGGCUAGGUAUAUGGAUAGCCGCAGCCUCAUCGUCGAGGGCAUCAUCUCUGGUCAGAAAGGCUACUAUGAAUGUCCUAUCCGUCUGAGAUUCUACGGCACGGCUGACCCGGUAGCGCGCGAGACCCUCGUCAACCGGAUGAGGGCCGAUAAACUGCCUGUCACAGGGGCGACAGCGCAGAGAAGGGAGGAAGAAAGAAGGCAGAAGGAAGAACAGAGGAGGCAGAAGGUCGCUGCACAAGCUGCCAAACGGGCUAAGAAGAAAGGCGCUGCCGUCGUGGCCAUCGCUAAUGAACAGUACUAUGAGAAUGGCCUAGCGGAGUUUGCGGCUGGAUCUUCCCAGGGAGCCGCCGAUCCUGCACACCCUGAACGCUCGUGGGAAGACAUCGUUGGGGCCAGUGAGCGCUUCAAUCCGCGAAAUUUUGAGCAAUACACGGAGGAGUUUGGAAUCAAGGAAGGAGAUUUGGCUGCAAUGCCGAAAGCUGCCCAACCGAAAGCUCUCCUUACAGAGCUCCACGACUUCCAGCUGCAAGGUCUCCAGUGGUUGCUCGAGAAGGAGAGCCCUCAACUUCCUGCUGCUGGCACGAAGGACAUCGUUCAGCUUUGGCAGCGUCACCCGACUAUGCACAACGCCUUCACGAACUUAGCUACAAAUUUCUCUGUCACGAAUCCCGCUCUUGCUAGUGGAGGCAUCCUUGCGGAUGAUAUGGGGCUCGGAAAGACGAUUCAAGUCAUCUCCCUUAUCAUGGCUGACCGGGAGCUUAAGCGCCGCGCGCCUGACGCAUGUGACGCCACUCUGAUCCUCGCUCCGGUGAGCGUAAUGAGCAAUUGGAGCACUCAGAUCAAGAAGCAUAUCAAAGAAGAGCAUGCCUUGCGUGUCAUGUUCUACCAUGGCACCCGAAAACAGCCCAUUACCCCUAACCAGAUUAAGAACUACGAUGUGGUCAUCAGUACCUACGAGAGCGUCUCUUCUGAAUGGCAUUCGCAAAAGUCGAUGAAGCUGCCACGGCAGUCGGGAGUGUUUUCAAUCAAGUGGCGCCGGGUAAUCUUGGACGAAGGCCACAACAUUCGAAACCCAAAGGCGAAGAAGUCCGUCGCCGUGACGAAUAUCAUGGCCCAGUCUAGAUGGGCUCUGACUGGCACUCCCAUCAUCAAUAACCUCAAGGAUCUGUACAGUAUCGUUAGAUUCCUUCGCCUCUCCGGCGGUCUCGAUACGCUCGAGAUCUUCCAUGGCGCAAUUAUGCGGCCAGUCUUCCACGGUGAUUCUCGUGGGAGUAAGUCCUUGCAGCUUCUCAUGGCCGGCAUUUGUCUACGCCGCAAAAAGGAGAUGUCCUUCAUCGACCUGCGUCUCCCGGAGCUCUCGGAGUACGUACACAAGGUCACACUCCUCCCACACGAGCAGGAGAAGUACGACGCGCUAGACGCCCAGGCGAAGGGAACACUUGAUCUCUAUCGCAACAAGAUGGGUGGCAGAAAUGCAUCCGACACGUAUCGUCACCUGCUCGAAGUUCUCCUUCGUAUGCGCCAGCUCUGCAACCACUGGAAGCUUGUUGGCGAGGAGCGUCUAGAUGCCAUUAUGAAGCAACUAGAAGCUGAAGGCGUCGUCGACCUCACUGAGGAGAACAAAGCGGCCCUUCAGAAGCUGCUCCAGUUGUCCAUCGACUCGCAGGAAGACUGCCCGGUCUGCAUCGAUGUCCUCAAGGAACCAGUCAUCACCAAAUGCGCCCAUGUUUUCUGCACGGCCUGCAUCGAGCGCAUUAUCGAGAUUCAGCACAAGUGCCCCAUGUGCCGUGCAGAACUCGAUUCCCUCGCCACCACAACAGUCAAGCCCGCAAAGGAGACCGCCGCCCCGCCGCCUCCUACGCAAGAGCAAAUCGCGGACAACCAGUCCCUAGAGACAGAAACGUCCAGCAAAGUUUCCGCCCUGCUCUCCAUCCUUAGUGCCUCUGCGAAAGAUCCUACGAACAAAACAAUCAUCUUCAGCCAGUGGACCAGAUUUCUUGACGUCUUACAACCACACCUCUCCGCCGGCGGCUUCACGUACACGCGCAUCGACGGCAGCAUGUCCGCCGUACAGCGCGACGCCGCUCUGGAAGCCUUCGACACCUCCUCUACAACCACCAUCCUACUCGCCUCACUCUCCGUAUGCUCCGUCGGUCUUAACCUCGUUGCAGCCAACCAGGUCAUUCUCUCCGAUUCGUGGUGGGCACCGGCAAUCGAAGACCAGGCGGUUGAUCGCGUGCAUCGCCUCGGACAGAAACGCGAGACGACGGUUUUUAGGCUAGUAGUGGAAGGUAGUAUUGAGGAGAGGGUGUUGGGCAUUCAAGAGGACAAGAGAAAACUAAUGGGGCUUGCGUUCGCAGAGAAGGAGAGCGGGAAGAAGAAGAGAAGGGGCGCGGCAGGGCUUGCGGAGCUGGAGAGGUUGCUGGGUGGGAGAGGUCAGGCUGUGCAGACGACGAACGGUCAGGCAAAUGGGCGCAAUGCGGGCCGCUCAGGCUAGACGAAGUAGACGGCUUGCGGAGGUUUUCGUUGACUGAUGUUUUGACCAUAUGCUGUGGUAUAUACGGUGACGACGAGAUCUCCUUCCCUCUAUCGGAGUUUAGAGGAUAUCUUCUAGCUGCGAGGCUAUGUGCAGGGGUAUAUG